CCCAACAGAUUAGCGACGGACAAUUAUUUCUUCUGCACAAUUAAGUCGAAUAAGAUGAUAUUAAAAACUUAACCGAUGCAUGUUGAAACAAACGCAUUAUGAUGUUCAGCACCUUCUUGACAAUUGUGUCAAAAGAAUUUCUGAUUUAUAUUGGAUGAAAACAAAAGACGGAAAUUUUUAUCAAGACAGGGCGAUCAGACAAAACAUACUUAACUGUUUAAAGGCGGUGACUGUUCUUCUCUGGACAACGUAUUAAAUUACAUGUGAACUUUUAUAAUAAUGAAGUCGAAGUGUUCCGAACUGGAGUGGUGAAAAGUGGAUAAAAUUUCAUCGAUUUCAUAGGUAUGGCAUCAGUAAUGCCUUCCAAACCCGAACAACAGAAACCUGUUCCGAUACAGGAAUUGGAGAUUUCUCCCGAAACUUUGGCUUUUACACAAGGUAAGGAUGCGAAGAACAUAAAAAUUAAACAAUUUCUAUGCGUCCGCAAUGUCAUUCCCAAGACUAACUUAUACCAGGCGAUCCUUUUGGAGAACAGAAGCCAGGACAGACAUUUACAAAUAACAUUAUCAAGUUUAUCUGCACGACAGCUCAAACAUGCAAAUUCUUUUGAUCUCACUGCAAGGACUUUCAUGGCCAUGCAGGAAAGAAAACAGAAAAAGUGGAAGAGGGAAGACGAAUUAAGGCUUUCGAGUAUGAAUCUUCCUAGUCUUCAAGGAUCAGAAAAUUUAACUCCGUGUCUCGAUGUGAUGUACCACAUGCCUGAAUACUCGGUGAGAGCGAGACCAGCUCGUAGCAAAUCCAGAGAAAAAGAAAAAUCCAAAUUUCCAAAGAUGCCAUAUAGCAUCCGACGUGAACAAACCGAGAUUGCCACGUACAAUGACAAAACAUACAUGACAAAAUUACCAGAAAUGGUUGAGGUCGAUCAAGACGCACUCCAACAUUACGACAUGUAUCGUGGAAAGAAAUACCUGAAUGCUGGUGCUACUAAAUCUGACGAAAGGUUUAAACAUCUGACAGAAACAUUGAAACCCGCUCAUUUGAAAGACUUAGACAAGUAUCCUCUUGAAAAUGCAACAAGUAAAAGUCGACUUUCCAAAUAUAGCAGUUCCUCUCGGGUUUCUUCCAGAGAAUCAGACGAUGAUGUUGUAUUUUCCCGGCAUAUGGCAUCCAAACCGAGGCCAAGUUGGAUGCUGACACGCCCUGAGACAUCAGAGGUAAUGACAUUUACCCAAGGAAGCAAGCCUAGAAGAGAGGUCUCUGUGUCUUUUGAAGACCAACCGAAGAAAGUCAAGAAAAGCGAAGAAAUAUUGGAGUCUUUUAGAACUAUGGAUGUGAAAAAAUUAGCGAAAUCAAUUCUAAAAGAAAAGAAAGAAACUUCCAAUACUGAUACACAAGAAACAGAAGCAAUGGAAGAAACAGCAUCGGGAGAGAACAAGAAAGUUUUUGUCCCAGGAGUGAACGUGUAUUACUCUACAAAGGGUAAUUAACAGAGAUGCAGGGAUAAUGUUCUUUUUAGGAAACAGCUGUUUCUUUAUUCUUUUUUUCUCUUUGGAAGGGGAAAAACGUAUGUUUGUAUUUUUAUGAAUUAAAAAUUACAGGCUAGGAACUGUUCUUUCUCUAUUGAUAUUAAUAGUUUAAUGUUCUUUAAAUCCCAAUUAAGAUGUUUAGUUACCGACACAUGACAAUGCAUUAACUGGCACACGCAAUCCUUUUUAUUAGUAAUCCAGUUCAAUACAAGGGCAUAGAACUAAGUACUAUGUAACUUAAACCCCGCUUACUUACUUUGUAUAUGAUCCUUAAAAACAAUUUCUAUGUACAAAACAAUAAUGAUUGUGUUGUUGUUUCUCCGUUUGUAGACUCGUUUAAAUAUGGACCACGCGCUAGCUUUGAAAGCAUUGUAAUACUAGUAUAUAGGCAUACAAUGUCAGUUAUAUGUAUUUGUUUAUAAAGUACAUCUGUAUUUCGAUCUGUUUUGAAAAAAAAAUGUGGAAUUUAAGCCGCCACUUGGACAACCUUGACAUGUUUCUUUAUAGGGCUUUGUUGUAAAAGAAAUACAUCUUUCUUACAUAAAGACGUUUUCUUAUCAAUAUCAUUUUGUGUAGAAAUAAAAAGA